GCGUUCCAGUUGUAUCUUCAGCCGUGGCGUGAUAACGACUCAACAAGUCCACACUGGAAGACCACUUGAGAGCAGCGACGUAGCUGAUAACCCGUCGUCGCAGAUCGAUCCUGUCGCCCGAUAGAUACGGUGUUUUAUCUCUUAUUUAUCUAAAACGUUGCAAAAUCUCUAAGCGGGUUUGCUGCAGUGGUAUUAUGUCAACAGUCGCGGUAUCGUCGAAUUUCAUCCAUACUAUGUGUGAAUAGUGGGUUCAGUGAGUUAACUACGAUCUGAGAUGAUCGAUUCUUAUAAAUUAAAGGAAUGGAUAAAUUGGCCGUUGAUCCGAGCACACCUGUGUACGGCGGCUGUUGCUGUGGGCUACAAUGCCACGUGGCGGGCUCCGCGCCAGGCCUUCAGCUUCGGCGGCCUGCAGUACGGGCUGGCGGUGACGGUGGCCAUGGUGGCCGUCGCUCUGCCGCUCACACUCCUCCAGCUAGCCGUCGGCCAGCUCAGCCAGCAAGAUGCUGUUGGUAUUUGGAGAGCAGUGCCGUUCUUUAAAGGAGUCGGGUAUCUGAGGCUACUGAUUUCGUUCCUUGGGUCAGUUUACUCCAUUAUAUAUUUAGCAAUGACAAUAACAUACUUUUUGUACACGAUAAGUAAUUCGCUGCCAUUCUGGGAAUGUAUUGAGCUGGUCAUUUCAGAAGACUAUGUUCAUACAGUCAACGCGUCUACAUGUCUUAAAGAGACAUUCAUGGCGCCCGUCAAUGACAGACCUGAAUAUUUUUUAGCAGUAGCUCUGAUUGUGAUCGUUUUGUGGAUAGUGUUUCCUUUUAUAGUGUUUUUCAGUUUUUACAAUCCGGUAAAACUGAUGAAACGGUUAUUCUACGUGUUGGGCCCCGUAGUCAUUGUCCUUACCGUAGUGGUCCUCUCCUGUAUUGGGGAUUCGAAGAAUCUGGCCACGUUUGUCAAGAUCAGCGAUUGGAAGAGCUUCUUGGAGCCAGGCAUUUGGCACAGCGCGCUGAUACAAGCUCUGCUGUCCACGCAAAUCGCUGGAGGCUAUCUGAUAUCAGCCGGAGAUACUGUGUAUUCCAGCACCAACGUACAGUGGACAGCAUUAGCGGUAGUCGGAGCUAACUUACUAUCAACGUGGGCUAGCAUGGUCUUCUGGUAUUCCAUUACGGAACCGGAGAGAGACUUCAGCAUAUUCGCGGUGAUCAUACAAACCUACCAGAUUGGGGAGGACACUAAUAUGGAUAUUACAUGGCCGUUACUAAUAUUCUUUAUUUUGUUGCUAUCUGGACUUAUAAGUAUGUUAUACCUCCUGUUCCCAAUAUUCGAUCGUUUCCGUCGCAUGGGUGGUGUGAAAUGGCGUCUGAUAUCGUUCGUGGGCUCCCUGUCUGCAGCCGUGGCGAGCCUCGCCGUGCUGGCCGGCAGACUGCCUGCCCUCUACCUGCUGGAGGACUACGCUGUACCCUUACUCAUCAGUAUAGCGACCGUUAUGGAGAUAUUGGCCUUCGUCUUCAUAUACGGCUGGAAAGUUCUAGUUGAAGAUGUUGAGUUUCUAACCGGCUUGCCUAUGGCGAAGUUCUGGGUGUUGGGCUGGUGCGCGGCGCCCGGCAUCAUCGCGCCCUUCUCCGUCUGGUGGGUGACCGUGCAGUUCAUUCUCGACGAGACCUGGACACAGGCUCCGUGGCCGGCCAUCACCAUCAUCGCGACUACUGCUCUGGUCUUCGUGAUGUUCAUAGCAUUUGCAUCCGUGGCUGUCGUCAAGCAAGUCCAGUAUGACUGCGCGGGGAAGCUGAAGUCAUCGUUUAAGCCAUCCCGGCAUUGGGGACCGCGGGACCCCAUCACGCAUUACUACUGGCUGGCCAGGAGAGAAGAGGUCGAGAGGGGCAACAUGCUGAGGACGAGGUACCAUAGAAGACAACUGGGACAACUGUCGGGACAGCCAAGCUUCCUAAACCUAACAAACUCUGUCUCAGAGAAAGUUAAUGAAAUCUCUAGCACUGAGAAAAGACGGUCGAAUUCGGAUGACUGGAUAUAUACGGUGUGCAGGAAACAACUGACUCACGUGCAGGAGCGGUUGAAUGAGAGCAGAAGGAGAGCCAAGUCACUAGACUGGUCGUUCCCGAACACAAAAGCAGUCACUCCCAACGACUCCAGAUUUUUUGGGAGCAGCAUCGCUACGCCUGACUCGGCCGGCUCUCACGAGAGUAAUAAUAAUCUGCGAAUAGCUCAAUAUAUUUAUAAGAAAAAUAAUAAAUAAUUAGUUGUAGGCAUUGUUAACAGAAUUCGUUGAUUUUAAGUUUGUUUCGAAAUAAAUGUUUCAAAAAUAUUGUUUAAA